AUGUCAGGACUCGAGGUUGCAGGUCUCGUCGCAGGGGUGUUACCAAUCGUUCAGCUAGGUAUUGAUCGAUACAAACGGGGCCUUGCUGGAAAGGAGAUGCGACAGCUUGCCAGGUCAUUUGCAACCCAGCAAAAUAUAUAUAUGAACACAAUCGAAGAGAUCAUUUCACCGGUGCUGCCAGACAGUCAGUUUAUUGAGCUCCUACAAGACCCUGGUGGAAAAUCAUGGCAGGAUCCUAUCCUGUCAGAGAAGCUUGAGAACCAUCUUGGAACGGUCUACCCAGCGUUCAAGGACACAAUGAUAGACAUCAAAGAGAUAAUGGACGAAAUGCAGAAGAUUUUCAACCCACCUCCAGAUUCUGUGGGGGCACUGAAACCCAUCAAAGAAUUCCUCCACAGGUCAAAAGGCGAAAUAGGCGUCGAGAGAUUGAAUCGCAGACUCAGCGAACUGGAGACAUUGAAAAACCAAAGUCAGAACCUGGCCGUGAUCAGACAAGAGAAAGAAGCAAAGCUCGAAGUCGUUAAGCACCACACGUCAAUGCUGAAAGGCAAUAUACCACACAAAGGUCAGACCGACGAUGCAUUGAAGACCUAUCGCAAAGUUAGGAAUUGCGCUCGCAGUCUAUACAGUGCUUUAUCCCGGGGAUGGCAUUGCGAGUGUGGCACCCCGCACCACGCCAAUCUCCGCCUGGAGGCCCGCAGACCAUCGCAAAGCAUUGCUUCGGGCAAUGUCGACGGCAACGGUAGUAAGGAAGACAAAGGAAGAAGUCAAGAUAUCAGAUUCAAAUUCAUGUUUUCUUACGCGACCGAAGGGAAGGCGGAGGCAGAAAGAAACGUCCACCAGCACCCGCCACUUGAUUGGCGGGAAGCCGAAAUUGCGCCCUUGAUCUACGACCCAGACUCUAUCACCAACAGCCCUGCUGUUGGACAACGCUCGACAUCGGAUGGUGAAUGCUCACAUCAAGAGCGAGGUAGUCUGCCACAACACAAGCACGACCAUGAGCCUCCCAAAUCACCCGAACGACCGCGGGUUCGAGCCACUAGGUUCGUGUUCCCAGAACCGAAGAAGGCGCCUCUGCCACAAAGACAAGCCAAAAAGCAGGACAUCAACAAAGCAGAAGAGGUGGAAAUCAAAGACCUCUGCAAAUUGAUAAAGAAUAUCCAGGAAUCUCAUCACGAUGACGAUGACGACAAAUGUCUCUACAGCAUGAACGCUAGGAAAGAUGUCAAAGCUCCCGUGGCGUCCAUCCAUAUCGGCGAGCCUUUGCAGCCUGCGCCAAAUGUUGCGAGCAAGGGAGGUCGGAUUAAGAGGCAGAAGCUGUUUCAAGGCAUCCGAUAUGACGCAGCUUUCGCCCUGGCCUCGACAGUGUUGCAAUUGCACUCUACAGAAUGGCUCGACAAUUGGGCCAAAGAGGAUAUUCUGUAUCUGCCAACUGGUCAAAUUCAUGCUGGCUCGGCCCUCCCGCAACCCUACAUCUCAAAGCGGUUUCUGUCAAGUAGGGUUCUUGAUGCCACCAGCCCCGCGUCAGGAUUGAAAAGCAACCCUCAUAUCUGGGUGGCCAAUGAGACAUUACUUACACUGUCCAUUGUGCUCAUCGAGUUAGCUUACAACAAGCCCAUCGAAGCUCUGGCCGAGGAAAGUGAAGAAACCGCAUACCCGAUUGUGACGGCACAGCUAGUGGCCAAGCGCUUGUCAAAGGAGAUCUUUAUGGAGAUGGGACAAUUGUAUCAACUUGCCGUAGCCUGGUGUCUGUCAUGCGACCUCGGCUUCACACUCGCGUGUCCUAGCCUUCAUAGCACCGAAUUUGAGCAAAGCUUUCUAGAAAACGUUAUUAUCCCCCUACAGCGGUCAACAGACUUCUUUUUCUCCCCUGCUUACCAACCGAGAUCGCGUGCGGAGCAUGUCAUCUAA